AUGGGCUGCACAUUAACCCUUCCCUUGGUGUUGACAUAUUUUGACACCCAGGAGAACUCAAUGCCUCUCCUGAAGGAGGUUGGAGAUCUAAAUUUCCAUCUGAUGGGGAAAGGUUUAAGUGCAGUGUGCAGCAGGGGAGAAUUGGAUUGGAGCACUCCAGUGGGUUCCACCACAACCACUGCAGAGAGUGUCCCUCUCCCUAGAGAUCGGCACCCAACCUCCAAGGAUGAAGAAUCCUUUGGCAUGGAACUCUCAUCUCUGGCUUUCAGAAACAUGCUUGAUGUUGUGAGUAGCACUGUUGGGGAUGUCCAGACAGAUGACCCAACAGGCGAUCACUCAAACACGCCCAUUACUCAGGGCCCAAAUGAGACUGAUCGAUCCAUUGAGGAAAGCAUCACAUACAAGGGCAAGAUCAUCAAUAGAGAACUUGUGGAUGAAUUAUUCGAACUCUGUUCUAGAGGAGACUUCAAGUUGGCCCAUAAAUUAUCUCCAAUGCAUCUUCAUCCAUCAAGCACUGGGAAGCAGCGUGUGUACUUGGCAGCCCAGAUUCUCUGA